GUGUACGUUCAAGGGGGAGGGGCACGUAAGUAAAAAAAAAAAAAAAAAAAAACGAAGGAAAGAAGAGCGAAGCAAUUUUUAUUUCAACAUCUUUAUAGAAAGUCUAAAGUUUGGAGUCAUGCCUAUACGUCGUGCAGCUGGGACUCCACCCCAGGAGACACCCCCCUCGGCAGCACCAGAUGGAGAGCCUGAUGCCAGCUCUGAGGAAUCUGCCUCUGUUGAGGAGGAGCAGGAGGUAGCACCCGCAGCCCCAGUAGCCAAGAAGGGGGAGGGUCAAGGAGAAGGUGAGGGCACAGGUGAACGAGACCCAAAAGAGAAUGGUGAGAAACCUGAUGAAUCGMCUGGAAAGAAGACUGAGGAGAAGAAGGCUGAGGGGGAAGAGGCUGAGAAGGAAGAGAAAGAUGGAGUGAAAGAGAAAGUCAAGAAGCCCAUUAAAAGGACCAUUCCUGCCUGGGCCACCAUGUCUGCCAGCAAACGUGCAACGCUCACUAAUAAGAGCACCUCCACCAUGCAACCGCCUAGGAUGGACGACAUACUCAUUGAGGCUAUUGAGUCCUGCAAGGAGAAGACUGGGGCCUCAGCCCAUUCUGUCAUGAAGUACAUUGUGAAGAAAUACCCUAACCUGGAGUUGGACAAGAGGAAAUUUCUUCUCAAGAAGGCUCUCAAGAGGCAGCUGGAGAAGGGCACCAUCAAACAGCUGAAGGGUAAAGGCCUUUCUGGAAGCUUUACCAUUGGGAAGCAGCCCCCUAAUAAAUCCACUGCUAAAGGGAAGCCGAUGGCAGUAGCUCCUGGGUUGAAGGCAGAGACCCUUGGGGAUGCUCUGCCCCUGAUCAUCACACGGCUAUGUGAGCCCAAAGAGGCGUCUUACAUUCUGAUCAAGAAAUAUGUGGAGCAGCACUUCCCUCAACUCAACGUGGAGCAUCGGCCGGAUAUCCUAAAGAGUGGCCUGGUGAGAGCUGUGGACAAGGGUCAACUGGAGCAGAUCACUGGAAAAGGUGCCUCUGGAACAUUCCAGCUGAAGCGGGAAGGGGGCAAGUUCCUGCUUAAAGGUGGGCCCCUGGAGGACGCUAUCAUGACAGCCAUCGUGGCCAUGAACGAACCCAAGACUUGCAGCACCACCACACUCCGCAAAUUCCUUUUAGAGACAAACAAGGACAGCAUGGAGUACCGUGUGGUGAACAGCCUGAAGAGGACACUGCAGAAGUGUAAAAUGAUGGGCUGGAUGGAGCAGAUCACUGGGAAUGGGCUAAAUGGGACCUACCAGCUCUGCUACCCUUACCACCCCAGCCCAGCCAUUCUGUUCCCAGAAAAACAGAAAGUGAAAGAGGAGAAAACGGCAGAGAAGGCUAAACGCAGAAAGAUGGUUGACUCGUCUGAUGAGGAGGACUCUGAUGAGGAGGAAGAGGAGUCGUCUGARGAGGAUGAGGAGUCAGAUGAUGAACCCCCUCCUAAGAGGAAAGCUGUGAAGCGGCCACCACCUAAAGCACGUCGCCCUCCCCCCAGCAAGAAGUCACAGCCGGCAAGUCAGUCAAGGGCUAAGGGCAAGAAAAGAGCUGCCCCUGCUAAGAGAUCUGCACCCCCAGUCAAGAAACCAGCACCCCAAGCUAAGAAAGCAGCACCACCAGCCAAGAAGUCUGUUCCCCCAGCGAGGAAACCAGUGCCACCAACAAACAAACCAGUGCCCYCGGUUAAGAAACCUGCAGCUGCCAGUAAAGCUGUAGCCUCAAAGAAGACACCCCCACCAGCUAAGGCGGCACCCACACCAGUCAAGAAAGCUGCUCCAGCGAGCAAGCCCAAAACGCCCAUUGUCAAAAAGCUGACAAGCAGAGCAUCAAAGCGCCCAGCGCCCAAAAAGUCACCACCUGCGAAGAAGGAAGCAGCCAAAUCUGCAGUGAAGGCCAAGCCAGCAGCCCGCAAGUCCCUGAGGGAGAGGAAGUGAGCUCACUAUUGCCCAGCAGUGGAAGUUUAACUGUAGCUCUGAAGGCUGCAGUGCUCUGCCUCUAGCCAUGCUCUCUUUCGCAUCAUUGUUUUCCCUCUGUUUGGGGCUCUAGAAUUCUUCUCUGUAGGAUAGGGAGGUGACAGUUAUCAGUUCAUGUCAAUUUACUGUACUUUGAACUGUUACAUUUCUGUGAACCCAACUUCUAAACACUAUUGUGUAGAAAGUCCUCUUCAAAAACUGUAAAAUUGCAUAGGUAUUGAAUUGUGAAAUUUCACAAUUUCCCUCACACACUUGUGUAUAUGCAGAGAUCUAACAUAAAAUCAAAGUGACUUGUCUUUUCAUUUUAACAUUUCAUCCCAAUCCACUUUCCCAUGUUUUAGCUUGACACAUUCCUUGUAUAAAAAUAUAGAAUUCUCUACAUUUAAUCUGGAGUAAAUUUUCAAAUCUUAAAGAAUAUUGAGAUUUAUGUAAGUGAAUUUGAGAGCAUGAGAGCCAACUUUUCAUGUAAUGAAUUAUGUUAUUUAAAUUAACGUUCCUUGAUCAGUUGCAGGGCCCAUGGUUAAAAUACUUAAUUUGAUUGGAGACUGACAUCAGGAAGCAAUUUGUCAUUGUCGUAUUCAGUACUACUGCAUAGUAUUAGGGAAAUAUUUUUUUAAAGUUCGUAACUAAUCAAAGUUCAUUUUAUCAUAUAAAGCUAAAAAAAAAAAUACAAAAUCGUCUACAUUCUGUGUAAUAGUGCAAGAUUUGAAGAAACUUCAUUUUGAAGGUGUGGCUCAUGCAUACCCUGCAUGCGUGAACUCUUUAUGUUAUGCUUUUUUCCAAGUCGUUAUUAAAAUGGCUAUUUGUACUAAA